UCUUCCUAGUAGCAGCAAUGGUUUACUUUAAGCGGUUGAGUAGAAAUCAUCAUUAAAAACAUCUGCUUAUUAGUUUGAAUUUGUUACGUUACUUUUAUGGCUCAUGGUGUUCGUACUUUUCCCGGCAAUACCGGCAAUAGAUUGCAAUACAGGACAAAUAUACACAUUGCGGGCCCCAGGCAUCAACUAUAUGACAAUAGAUUGUUCUGAUCCAAAUCAUGUCAAAAUUCAAGAAGAUACCGCCAAUAAAGCAGCACAGAGGUGGACGAUUAAAUGUGGAAGUACUACGAACUUGUUCUAUCUAGUUAAUGUUAUUAACGGGUAUGUGUUGAAUGUGAAUCGUACAGCGCCUCACUACGCUAUAGUCUCUGAAAAAGACGGCUCACUAUGGCAACAGUGGGAGAUCCCUUCGAACACUUUUAUCAAUGGGGCUAUGAGAACUUCUCUGGCUGUUAAUGGCAGUUCUGAUAGGGCCGGAGAAGCACUUUUUCUUUCCACAAGUGCACAAAUUUGGCAAUUUAUAGAAGCGUAAAACUGACUACAGAAUAUAUAUAUGUACAAGCAAAUGUAUAAAACGAAAAAAUA